UCAGGAGUUUUUCUUGUUGUAAUAACUUUAGUUACAGCCCUGGGGAAUGGCCUUCUACUGUUCGUUAUCUGGAAGGAUCCGUUUAAAACUUUCCGUACACCAAAUACGUUUUUUGUAAUUGGCUUAGCCGUCGCUGACUUUCUCACAGGUAUUACGGUAUGUCCGUUAACCGCCUUUCAGGACAUUGGUCUUUACAUUAGCGUAAAAAGGCGAGAUUCAUCGAUUAUUCCAUCACUUCAAAAAGCAGGACAUGCUGCUCAUCUCAUUUCCGCAGCUACAAUGAACAGCUCUUACAUAAUUCUGCUGUUGUUUACUUGGAGUCAAUUUACAGCGAUAAACUUCCCCUUCAAGCACAAAGUGCUUGUUACGAAGAGUCGAGUUAUAGCAAGUGUGAUCUUAACUUGGGUGUACACGGUAUUGUUUGCCAUUUUGUCGGCAAGCAGAGUGGCAGAAACGGCCUUCCUAAAAAUGGACUUGUACUUCCACACGACUGGAAGUCUUUUGUUACUGACCGUAGGUUACCUUUGUUUAUACAGAGCAUUCAAAACCCAGAUAAGGAGACUGCACUCUUGGAAAGCCAACCACUUUUUGGGCAAAGGACAAGGUGUUCAUAGAAAUAACAGAAGAGAGAGACAAUUUACUAUCGUCAAUCUUUUACUGCUUACAUUUGUUAUCUCUUGCUCCCUCCCUGUAACAGUCUUUUUCUACUUGCAGUAUCACUGGAAGGAUCUAACAAGGCUUGAAUUGUUAAGGCUUCACCUUGCAGGCUUGUUCUCCGCUGAUGUGUUGUUCCUUAAGUUUGCUCUUGAUCCUCUCAUCUACGCUUGGCGGCUGGCGCAAUAUAGAAGAGCACUAAAGUCUUUGCUUGUCUGUAGACGGCAGAGAAUUCACAUCGACGGAGUGAUUUCUGUUUCAUUGGACAAUCAUACGUUGGCAACUCACCGGGUGAGAAAGCGUUUUAGCAGGAGUGGUGUGGAAUUGGCCAAGGUCUGACGUUUGGUAAAUGACAUCGUAAAAAGGGUAAAACGGUGGCACCAUACGUGUAUUAAAAUGAAAGGCCCGGCUAUAGUUCAGUGAUUCAGCAGGACAACUGAAAGAGAAAUAGCGAAAAAGUCAACUUCUAAUUAAAUCUUUUCUUAUGGUUUAGAAUAAACUGUUCUCGAAACUGAGAAUGUUUUGAUCAAAGCUGUGUAAAUCGAACUGAAACUGUGGAUGGAACCUAACCUUUCCUAUAUUUAUCUCACCUAUUGUAUGGAAUAUGUGUGAAAAUCUUUCUUAUGAAUCGGUAUAUUUCAAAGAGCUAGACAACGAGCAAGAAUGCUAUUGACCGACAAUAUACAGAGCGGGGGCAGCUGUAGUGUCAACUAUUACUAGUAUCUUGCUAAUGUAAUAGUUGAUGUUGCGAAUGUUUUUGUUUUUCUUUGAGUGUGGUCAGCCCAGAACUUGAUGCCCCGGGCAUGCCUUAGACUACGAGCAGAGUCACAGGACCAGUCAAGAGCACGCGUGAGGAGAGCGACGAAGUUGCGAGGAACGAGGGCGGAAGCCCAGGUCCGAGCGCCCCAAUCUAUCCACCUUAAAACCAUAAAUCUGCAUAAUUUUACUUUUUCACUCGCGGUGCGUGGCUCUUAUGGUCUAGGCCUGCCUAGAAGAGGCACAGGACGACACGAUACACAAUCCAUAAAGAGGUUAAGAGCCGACUCAGUGAGCUUACGGAAAAGAAAGCAAAGGUCAGAUUCAAGUUGAGAAUUUCUUAAAAUGGAGUAUAAUGAGCAGAUAAAACACUCCAAAACAAUUCUUGGCCAUGUGUUAGCCUUUACACGUACACACGUUGACUUAUUUUUCUUUUCGUUCUUUUCGAAAACAUCGGCGAGCGCACGAGAACGAGCGCAGAGCGCGAGAAAGAAAAAUAAAGAACGUCAGUAGACAUCUUUGGGAAAAAAGACAGUUUAUAAAGUCAGUCAACGGGAGCUUUAGCAACGACGACGGCGGCAACAACGAGAACGGCAGAAAAGCAAAAAGUUUGAUUAGCAAAACAACAACUUUGCACGUGUAUCACACUUUUUUGUAAAUUUCUUUGCCGUCACUGCACGACUACGACGUCAAAAUGCCUAAUUUAACGUUUUACGGAGAAAAUAAACAAGCGACGAAGAAUUUUUCUUUCUCUUUCAAACUUGAGUCCGAUCCCCAAGAAAUCAACUCCAGGGAAACUCGCCUACAUUUAACAUUUUCGGGGAAUUAGAAAAAGCGCGGCAAAGUUUGAAAAAACGCGAAUUCAUUUUAAAAGUGACGUUUUCGCUGCCGUCGCCGUCGUCAGAUAGGAUGCUACUCGGCUCCCUAAAAUCACCGCGCCUUCGCGCUCGUAGCCUUCGAAAACAUCUGAAAAUGAUAUUGAUAUUGGUAGCCUCUCACGCAGGCGUUUUUAGGGGAGCACGUGUUUCAUCCCUCCCUGGGGAGGGAUGAAAAACGAGUUCCCCCAAAACGCCUGCGUGGGAGGCUAUGAUAUUGGCCGAUAUACUAGUAAUAGUUGACACUACAGCUGCCCCCGCUCUGUAUAUUGUCGGUCAAUAGCCUGGUCAAUAGUAUUCUUGGUCGUUGUGUAGCUCUUCAAAAUAUACCGAUUCAUAAUGAAGAUUUUCACACAUAUUCUAUACAAUAGAUGAGAUAAAAACAGGAAACGCAGGGUUCCAUGCACAGUUUCAGUUCGAUUUACACAGCUUUGCUCAAAACAUUCUCAGUUUCGAGAAUAGUUUAUUCUAAACCAGCUAUAAAAAAGGUUUAAUUAGAAGUUGAAUUUUUCUUUCGCUCGCGCAUUCUAGUCUUAUUUUAAACUUUAUAGCGGAAGGACAUCUGUGAGUACGGAAUAAGUCAGCAGAGAAUUUGAUUGUCGGCGAAUUUCUGUAAUCUCCUUUGCUCUGCUAGUGAUAAGCUAGCCGUUGAUUUACUUGUCUUGCUUGUUUGGGGCUGAGUCGUUCAGGUCAAAGACUGAGAAAGAGUGUCUUUCCAAUCAAAGAUUUGUGAACUCGUGUCUGGCAAACUCUCCAGGUGUUUAUAUAUACACAGUUAUGCGCACCUUAUAACUACAUCUUCUCUUAACGAGUGUCUUUUGGUCCAUAACUUUCAAAACAACUGCUCCACAGAAUGUCACUGAUAACACGUAACGCAAAAGAGUAUCGAAGUAUGACUGUACAAUAAAUGUCACAAAAUCUACCUAAGCGGUCCCUUCUUUCGGGGUUUUCUGUCUUUACGUCAUCCUAACCAUCUCGUACUUGCGGGCACGAACAAUAGAAACGUCAUUAUUACCCACCGAUUCCUCGCGGCCCCUGUUCAAGCAAAUCGAGAUUUUUUCUGGCAUACGGACUGUAUAUUUCAACUGUAAGUACUUUCCUUAAUAUACGCUCGAGUUACUAGUAAGAGUGACUCCUCGGGAGAGCAAAUGAAACAAGAGAAAAUCAUUGUCGAUCUUGUAUUGCACGGAAACUACCAAAAAAUUAAUGACGGUUGAAAUAAAAUCGAUUAAAAGAGAAAAGAAUGAUCUAAAACGAAGCGCAAAAAUAACAAUAACUUAUUCAAUCUAUAAUUGGAAAGUUGCCAGUAAAAAAUCUUUUUAAAAAGUGACAAAAACAUUCAGCUGAACAAUUUACUACGUGCUGACUGCUGACUAAGACCCUGUUUACAUGGAGUGGGGGACCCCGGUCUAGUGUGGUAGGUUUCUUUUGUUUUGUGUCCGCCAGAGCGUGAAAACAAAAGAAACCAACCCCACUAGACCAGGGUCCCCCACUCCAUGCAAACAGGGUCUAAAGGCGGUUUUAAGAUGUAGGUGUUGCAAACUUAAACACCUACGUUGGUAAUUUAUGUAAUCAAACCAAAGAAUUAGAAGACGGCGACAAACGUGCCUUUUCCCGACAUUAUUUCUCAUGUUGCUUUAGUUCUGUAAUCAUGGAAAAAUCUUAUGAAAGCGUUCGGUACUUUGGGAAAAUCCAAAUCCAAAAUUGGCGUUUCUUUAAUUCAAGCCAAAAAUGAAUUUUUGGACUGGAUUAUUUUCGCGGAUAUAUCCGAAAAAAGUACACUCGCGAUCGGCUAAAACAAUUGUCGAGACACUGCUCAAACAAUUUGCGCCCGUCCCCCCUCCCCUCCAAUCAAACAUUUGGUUGUUUCAGUUGUUUCUAGCAGGUAGUUCGAAAAGGGGCAUGACAUUGGAGAGGGAAAGCUUUUUUUUGCCCUUCUUAGGAAGGCGGAAAAACGAGAGAAAGCCGGCCGGUCUCAACUGAUGUUGUCACCUAUUCCAGCUAGCUUAAGCUUUCUUCCUGGGUGAAUAACUUUGCAUGUUGAUUGUUGUUGAUUUGGAUGUUGAUUAUUGUUACGUGAUCUAUUAAGGCUUUUUUUAGGGACGGACCGUUAGAAAUAACCGGAGGUGGCAUGACAAUUCCCAAAAAACAAUUCCUGUAAGGGAAACUUGUCUAAAAAAAUCCUGCGAGCGGUGAUACGUAACAAAAAUAUAUAACCUGAGUUCAAAACUCUAAUCUUGGAUUCUUCUGAGGAAACGCACUCUCUUAAACUCCCUUGUGAAGGUAGCAUGGGGUUUUAUCACAAGACUGUCAGCUUCAAAAUUUCAUGUUUUCACCUGCGACCUGAUCAUGAGUGGUUUUCAUACGACAAACUGGCUAAGGCAAUGGGCCCGCAACGUUCCCUUCCCCCUCCCUCUCCCUAACCCCCCUCCCCUCCCCAGGGGAUUACAGCCCAAUCAACGUUAACAACGAAACCAAAACACCUAAGAGUUCCUAAGAACUCUUGCAGCUGUGAGUGUUUGGGCGUUCCCGGAUGGAAGAAAAGAGAAAACUUGGACACGUAUCGAAAGAAAAAUCUGAAACCACAAAAAUCUACUAUAUAAGUAAUAGUAUCGUCACCAGAAUACGAACUCGUACGUGUCACUGGCAUUAUUUUUAUUGGCCUCUGGGUCGAGGUAUAAAAAGUACUAUCAUCACUGCGCCUACCCUUGCUUUCCUGUAGCGUGUUUGUUUGCAAAGUGGCUAUUUUUCAUUGAACUAUUUGCAUUGUAUAAUCCACAUUUUGUUUAAUAAUUUUAAUGACAGUAGCAAAACAUUAUUAACUGGACUAGAAUAAUCGUUUUAAUUUUAGGUGACAUGGCGCAAUAAAGUAAACUGCGAUUAAUUACACCGGAUCAUCUGCAAUAGUUUAUUGCGAUGUGCUGAAACGACCCAUCUUUUAUUCCUUUAAUAACACGAAAGCGAAAUUAACUUCAAUUUCUACCUCCUAUGUUCAUAUAUAAGCAACUAAUCUAUGACUUAACAGCUGCUGAGUAAGUGAAAUGUAUACAGCUAUUUCGAGAAAGGUUGUCGCAAAAACUGUGCACGCGACAAUCCCGAAAGGUAAUAUGGGAUAUGAUCAAUACACUUGUUCUUGACACUGUAGCUGUCGAACCUACUUUUGUUGUUUCCUUUAGCCCUCGGAAACAUACGUCCAUGGCCUCUCGUGCCAUUCUUUUAAAUUUCUUUGAAAAACAGUGAACUAAAAACCACCCACAACGCCUUUCGGGAUUGUCGCGUGCACUUUCUCCGACAACCUUUCUCGAAACAGCUGUAUAUAUCAUGCUGUUAGGUUUCAACUAAUCAGUUCUAAUUAUUCCGCGCAAACAAAGACAAAGGUAGCCGCGGAGUAGAAUUUCGAAAGCCAUUUUUAAAGUAUUUUAUAAAUAUUUUAUUCUUUGUAGCUGCUUAAAAUGAGAGAACGGUGAUGACUGCUUCAUUUUCUCUUUAAACCUAUAUUUGUCUUUCAAAAAAGAUUAGAAAGAAACUGCUUAGGAAACAUUAACAUUACAAAGGAGUAUGUUUAGAGGAGGCUCAUCCUUCUUGAAUGGCCACAAAAUAUAUGCCACAAAAAUCAACCAAAGCCGAAAGGUCCACAACCAACAAGCAAUCGAAUCGGGAACAACUCCAAGUGCCAUGUAAAAAAAGCUGACGUAUCCUAAAUCCGCUGGAAAUUAGAGCCUUGCUUUAACAUAGCAUGCCAAAGAGAUGAACAUGCACAAGAUGUCAGUAUGAAAAAGAAAACUCUGUUUACCAGGUUAAAACUCAAAGAAACUCGGUUUAUUUCGUUACGUUCUAAAUGGUUGACUUACGUAUUAGCAAAUGACUCAACGGGCCACUGAGAUCUUCAGAGAAUAUUCAAAUGCACCAGGGUGUCGAAUUCUCGGCCUGUAAAAUAGUUUGAUCGACAUUUUGUUUAAUGAUUUCUGUGGCUCGCAAAACAUUAUAAAUAAAUAAUUAUUGUUAAUCGACACUGAGUUGCCAAAAGAGAGGAUAUAUUACAAACGCCAGGGAAAGUUUAUUCAUCUUAUGUGGGCACCCAAAGGCUUUUUUAGAACUGAUGAUUCAGAAAUAGCUGUUUGCAUGAAGAAGCAAAUAAAAUUAUUACCUAGCAUAUCUUGGUUUUCACAUGUCACCAAAAUUCAAACUAAGAAACUAUCGCUUCUUCUGAUUUUCUACUUUCAUGUGAUAUUAGAGCACCUUAAAACCUUUAUACAAACAAAUGUUCGGUUCAAAAGGGUUCUUUGUUUUGCGAUACAGGACGCUUGAAUUUCAGGCUUUUUGCGUGACGCGGCAUUUAGCUGGCGGCCGGGAAAGCUCUUAUGUGGGUUAAAAACAUCACGGAUUUUUGGACAUUUUGCUAUCUAAAUAUUCCCUGUCUUAGAAAAAAUAUUACUUUAAUCUUUAUGAGUUCCUCAAGCGAAGAAUUCACGCAUAAUGUUUCUAUUGGCUUCCGGCGGCCAUAUUUGUGCCCCUGAAAGGGACACAAACAUGGCGUCUCCAUACAAAGCUUUAUAAAUUUUGGUAAAACGUUUUUCCGAAUAUCUCGCAUAUGAACUAUUGCAUGCAUCGACCUGAUUCUUGGCAAGGCUUUUUGAAUACUUAUCUUCUUUCAUUUCCCAGAUUCUAGACUUUCUGUAUUAAAAGAUUUCCAUUUUUAUUUCUACUUUCUCAUGUGAGUGAAAACCGAGAAUUAGCUACAAGAAGUAGAUGGCUGUCCCAUUCAUACACGAUUUUUCUGAAAUUGAAUUUUUCACUUUUCACCUCCCAGGUUUAUCUUUUUCUCAUAGCAAAAAGGAAAUCUAAAAUUUCCGGAUUCGAAUAUUUGGUAGAAAUAGGAAUCGGAAAAAUUAUCACCUUCGAAAAACUUAAGAUUGCAUCUAAAAGUUUCUGGCAAAUAGCAAUAAUGCUGUAAUAAUUCGAAGGCUCAAGCUCGAGCUAAACCUUACAGUGCUAACUCUUAGUUUUGACCUAAAAAACUUUUUCAAACCUAACACGGCAGAACAUCGAAAGUCUUUGUAAUGUGCUAAGUGAGCCGAUAAGAGCUUUCUCUUUUUGACGCCUGUCAGAAAUGACUGUCACAUCGCUUGUCUUGCAUUUGUUUCUGGUUCCACCAAAUAGAAAGCCAAAGCUUCGCGCGAAGGCCUCAUAAAUCGAUGGAAAAAACUCGGUCUGUAAUUUACAAUAUCACACCUCAAACUCGGCUAAUAUAAAGUAUGUAUGUAUUAUCAAAGUGUCUGCAUGAAGGGAGGAGAAUCCUAACAACUGGAAGAUCCUAUAGAAGGCGGAUCAUCCUUAGCGCCAUAUGUUUUCACCUGUCUAGAGUUUACAUGCAAACCGCCUUCGGCCUCAUGGGCUAUUGACUCAGAGCCCAUUCGGGCUCGACGAAUAAUUGUUAAUUAUUUCUAAUCAUUGAUGGUGAAUAUAUUUUGCUAAAUUAGCGCUUAAAAGAACCCUACUGUUCAAAGAAAAUCACGUCUAGUAAAAAAAAAUGCUGAUAUUUUUUCCUGAAAUUUCUGGUAUCGGCUUUAAUUAUAUUGAUAUAAUAAAUAUGCCAGAGGAAUUUCAGAAAAAUCGUUGUAGCAGAAGUCCGUAACUAAAAGUCGCUCAAAAUUCAGCCAUGAAAUUGCUGGGAAUUUCAAAAAUAAAUUACUAUCAGGUACAAGAAGCCACCAGUUCGAAUUUUCGGGACAAGUAAAUUCAAUGUUUGCUUAUUCUGAAAACAAAAGCCGAUUGCCUAUCGUGCUAUUCUUUAAAAGGUACUUUUUAGUUUUAGAAGCACUAUAUUCUAUAAAUCGCUCCAAACCUUGCUCGAAUGACUUGUUCCUCGACAUUUUUAAAAUAUCCCUUGGCAGUUGUGGUUCAAACUCCUGCUACAUGCAUUUUGAUGUAUUGCAGUGCAUCCUCAACGGCUUUUCCUGCUGUACGUUGCUUCCAAUUCCGGAAAAAGGUAUUGGGAUUGUAAGCUACCUUGUAUCGAAGCUCAGAUAGAACUGUCCAGUACCUUUGUUUAUUUAUAUCAAUAAAUUUCUUUGAACAAUAGGGUCCUUUUCAGCGCUAAUUUCUCAAGGAAUAUUUACCAUCAAUGAAAUCAGCCGGAAUAUUUCGCAUUAUUACCGAAUGACUUCUGGUUGUUCUUUCCAAAGUUUCGCAGCCAUCGCGUUAAAAACGAAAAUGUUACGACGGAAAACUUGUUACAGCUAAAUGCUCCAGUAUUAAUGACGGAGCCACCUUACUUCAAGCCAAAAAUGAAUUUUCAAUCUAAAUAACUUACACUCUGACUGGAUUAUUUUCGCACAUAUAUCCGAAAAAAGUACACCCGCGAUCGACUAAAACAAUUGUCGAGAUACUGUCCUCAAGCAAUUUGCGCCCUUCCCCUCUCCCCUCCAAUCAAACAUUGGGUUGUUUCAGUUGUUUCUAGCAGGUAGCUCGAAAAGCGGCAUGGUAUGGCACCAUUAUAUAUCACGGAAUUACUUAGUUAUCGUACAUAUUCACGUACGCUACGCUCUACUGAUCAAAAACUUCUGGCAGUUCCGAAGUCAAGACUUAAAACAUGAGACAGGGCCUUUUCCGUUGCUGCACCUAAACUCUGGAAUGAGCUGCCAUUAGAUCUUAGAAGUUUAGCUACAAUUAAUUUAUUCAAGAAACACUUAAAGACCGAUCUUUUUAAAAAAGCAUAUAAUGUUUAACUUUUUGAUAAUUUAGAAUAGGAUUUAUUGUGAUAUUUUUAUAAAUAAGACUGCAAAUAGGUUUUUAAUUUAUUCAUAUUUUAUUACCAGUAGGAUCUUUUUAAUUAUUUUAAUAUUAUGAAUUGUAAAGCGCUUUGGUCAAUUAGUGGAGUUCGCGCUAUAUAAAUUAUGUUAAUUUAAUUUAAUUUAAAUGACAUUGGAGAGGGAAAGCUUUUUUCUCCCCUUCUUAGGAAGGCGGAAAAACGAGAGAAAGCUAGUCGGUCUCAACUGAUGUUGCACCUAUUCAAGCUAGCUUCAGCUUUCUUCCUGGGUGAAUAACUUUGCAUGUUGAUUGUUGUUGAUUUGGAUGUUGAUUAUUGUUACGUGAUCUAUUAAGGCUUUUUUUACGGACGGACCGUUAGAAAUAACCGGAGGUGGGAUGACAAUUCCCAAAAACAAUUCCUGUAAGGGAAACUUGUCUAAAAGAAAUCCUGCGAGCGGUGAUACGUAACAAAAAUAUAUAACCUGAGUUCAAAACCCUAAUCUUAGAUUCUCCUGAGGAAACGCACUCUCUUAAACUCCCUUGUGAAGGUAGCAUGAGGUUUUAUCAAAAGACGUCAGCUUCAAAAUUUCAUGUUUUUCACCUGCGACCUGAUCAUGAGUGGUUUUCAUGCGACAAACUGGCGAAGGCAAUGGGCCCGCAAAGUUCCCUUCCCCCUCCCUCUCCCUAACCCCCCUCCCCUCACCAGGGGAUUAAAGCCUAAUCAACGUUAACAACGAAACCAAAACAUCUAAGAGUUCCUAAGAACUCUUGCAGCUGUGAGUGUUUGGGCGUUUCCGGAUGGAGGAGAGGAGAAAACUGGAGUAUGCAUCGAAAGAAAAAUCUGAAACGACAAAAAGCUACUAUAUAUGUAAUAGUAUCGCCACCAGAAUACGAACUCGUGUCACUGGCAUUAUUUUUAUUGGCCUCUGGGUCGAGGUGUAAAAAGUACUAUCAUCACUGCGCCUACCCUUCCUUUCCCGUAGCGUGUUUGUUUGCAAAGUGGCUAUUUUUCAUAACUAUUUGCAUUGUAUAAUCCACAUUUUGUUUAAUAAUUUUAAUGACAGUAGCAAAACAUUAUCAACUGGACUAGAAUAACCGUUUUAAUUUUAGGUGACGCGGCGCAAUAAAGUAAACUGCGAUUAAUUACACCGGAUCAUUAAUUUAUUGCGAUGUUCUGAAACGUCACAUCUUUUAUUCCUUUAAUAACACGAAAGCGAAAUUAACUUCAAUUUCUAUCUCCUAUGUUCAUAUAUAAGCAACUAAUCUAUGACUGAACAGCUGCUGAGUAAGUGAAAUGUAUAUAUAUCAUGCUGUUAGGUUUCAACUAAUCAGUUCUAAUUAUUCCGCGCAAACAAAGACAAAGGUAGCCGCGGAGUAGAAUUCCGAAAGCCAUUUUAAAGUAUUUUAUAAAUAUUUUAUUCUUUGUGCUUCAUUUUCUCUUUAAACCUAUAUUUGUCUUUCAAAAAAGAUUAGAAAGAAACUGCUUAGGAAACCAUAACAUUACAAAGGAGUAUGUUUAGAGGAGGCUCAUCCUUCUUGAAUGGCCACAAAAUAUAUCCCACAAAAAUCAACCAAAGCCGAAAGGUCCGCAACCAACAAGCAAUCGAAUCGGGAACAACUCCAAGUGCCAUGUAAAACAGCUGACGUAUCCUGAGUCUGCUGGAAAUUAGAGCCUUGCCUUAAAUUAAAAUAGCAUGCCAAAGAGAUGAACAUGCACAAGAUGUCAGUAUGAAAAAGAAAACUCUAUUUGCCAGGUUACAACUCAAAGAAACUCGGUUUAUUUCGUUACGUUCUAAAUGGUUGACUUACGUAUUAGCAAAUGACUCAACGGGCCACUGAGAUCUUCAGAGAAUAUUCAAAUGCACCAGGGUGUCGAAUUCUCGGCCUGUAAAAUAGUUUGAUCGACAUUUUGUUUAAUGAUUUCUGUGGCUCGCAAAACAUUAUAAAUAAAUAAUUAUUGUUAAUCGACACUGAGUUGCCAAAAGAGAGGAUAUAUUACAAACGCCAGGAAAAGUUUAUUCAUCUUAUGUGGGCACCCAACGGCUUUUUUAGAACUCAUGAUUCAGAAAUAGCUGUUUGCAUGAAGAAGCAAAUAAAAUUAUUACCUAGCAUAUCUUGGUUUUCACAUGUCACCAAAAUUCAAACUAAGAAACUAUCGCUUCUUCUGAUUUUCUAUUUUCAUGUGAUAUUAGAGCACCUUAAAACCUUUAUACAAAAAAAUUUGCGGUUCAAAAGGGUUCUUUGUUUUGCGAUACAGGACGCUUGAAUUUCCAGGCUUUUUGCGUGACGCGGCAUUUGGCUGGCGGCCGGGAAAGCUCUUAUGUGGGUUUAAAACAUCACGGAUUUUUGGACAUUUUGCUAUUUAAACAUUCCUUGUCUUAGAAAAAAUGUUACUUUUUAAAAUCUUUAUGAGUUCCUCAAGCGAAGAAUUCACGCAUAAGUAGGAAAACUCAAAAACAGAUGUUUCUAUUGGCUUCCGGCGGCCAUAUUUGUGCCCCUGAAAGGGACACAAACAUGGCGUCUCCAUACAAAGCUUUAUAAAUUUUGGUAAAACGUUUUUCCGAAUAUCUCGCAUAUGAACUAUUGCAUGCAUCGACCUGAUUCUUGGCAAGGCUUUUUGAAUACUUAUCUUCUUUCAUUUCCCAGAUUCUAGACUUUCUGUAUUAAAAGAUUUCCAUUUUUAUUUCUGCUUUCUCAUGUGAGUAAAAACCGAGAAUCAGCUACAAGAAGUAGAUGGCUGUCCCAUUCGUACACAAUUUUUCUGAAAUUGAAUUUUUCACUUUUCACCUCCCAGGUUUAACUUUUUCUCAUAGCAAAAAGGAAAUCUAAAAUUUCCGGAUUCGAAUAUUUGGUAGAAAUAGGAAUCGGAAAAAUUAUCACCUUCGAAAAACUUAAGAUUGCAUCUAAAAGUUUCUAGCAAAUAGCAAUAAUGCUGUAAUAAUUCGAGAAGGCUCAAGCUCGAGCUAAAACUUACAGUGCUAACUCUUAGUUUUGACCUAAAAAACUUUUUCAAACCUAACACGGCAGAACAUCGAAAGUCUUUGUAAUGUGCUAAGUGAGCCGAUAAGAGCUUUCUCUUUUUGACGCCUGUCAGAAAUGACUGUCACAUCGCUUGUCUUGCAUUUGUUUCUGGUUCCACCAAAUAGAAAGCCAAAGCUUCGCGCGAAGGCCUCAUAAAUCGAUGGAAAAAACUCGGUCUGUAAUUUACCAUAUCACACCUCAGCUCGGCUAAUAUAAAGUAUGUAUGUAUUAUCAAAGUGUCUGCAUGAAGGGAGGAGAAUCCUAACAACAGGAAGAUCCUAUAGUAGGCGGAUCAUCCUUAGCGCCAUAUGUUUUCACCUGUCUAGAGUUUACAUGCAAACCGCCUUCGGUCUCAUGGGCUAUUGACUCAGAGCCCAUUCGGGCUCGAGGAAUAAUUGUUAAUUAUUUCUAUUUCAUUGAUGGUGAAUAUAUUUUGCUAAAUUAGCGCUUAAAAGAACCCUACUGUUCAAAGAAAAUCACGUCUAGUAAAAAAAAAUGCUGAUAUUUUUUCCUGAAAUUUCCGGUAUCGGCUUUCAUUGUAUUGAUAUAAUAAAUAUGCCAGAGGAAUUUCAGAAAAAUCGUUGUAGCAGAAGUCCGUAACUAAAAGUCGCUCAAAAUUCAGCCGUCAAAUUGUUUGGAAUUUCAAAAAUAAAUUACUGUCACGUAGAAGAAGCCACCAGUUCAAAUUUUCGGGACAAGUAAAUUCAAUGUUUGCUUAUUCUGAAAACAAAAGCCGAUUGCCUAUCGUGCUAUUCUUUAAAAGGUACUUUUUAGUUUUGGAAGCACUAUAUUCUAUAAAUCGCUCCAAACCUUGCUCGAAUGACUUGUUCCUCGACAUUUUUAAAAUAUCCCUUGGCAGUUGUGGUUCAAAAUCCUGCUACAUGCAUUUUGAUAUAUUGCAAUGCAUCCUCGACGGCUUUUCCUGCUGUACGUUGCUUCCAAUUCCGGGAAAAGGUAUUGCGAUUCUAAGCUACCUUGUAUCGAAGCUCAGAUAGAACUGUCCAGUACCUUUGUUUAUUUAUAUCAAUAAAUUUCUUUGAACAAUAGGGUCCUUUUAAGCGCUAAUUUCUCAAGGAAUAUUUACCAUCAAUGAAAUCAGCCGGAAUAUUUCGCAUUAUUACCGAAUGACUUCUGGUUGUUCUUUCCAAAGUUUCGCAGCCAUCGCCUUAAAAACGAAAAUGUUAUGACGGAAAACUUGUCACAGCUAAAUGCUCCAGUAUUAAUGACGGAGCCACCUUACUUCAAGCCAAAAAUGAAUUUUCAAUCUAAAUAACUUACACUCUGACUGGAUUAUUUUGGCGCAUAUAUCCGAAAAAAGUACACCCGCGAUCGGCUAAAACAAUUGUCGAGAUACUGUCGUCAAGCAAUUUGCGCCCUUCCCCUCUCCCCUCCAAUCAAACAUUGGGUUGUUUCAGUUGUUUCUAGCAGGUAGCUCGAAAAGCGGCAUGGUAUGGCACCAUUAUAUAUCACGGAAUUACUUAGUUAUCGUACAUGUUCACGUACGCUACGCUCUACUGAUCAAAAACUUCUGGCAGUUCCGAAGUCAACAUACGGAGACAGGGCCUUUUCCGUUGCUGCACCUAAACUCUGGAAUUAGCUGCCAUUAGAUCUUAGAAGUUUAGCUACAAUUAAUUUAUUCAAGAAACACUUAAAGACCGAUCUUUUUAAAAAAGCAUAUAAUGUUUAACUUUUUGAUAAUUUAGAAUUGGAUUUAUUGUGAUAUUUUUAUAAAUAAGACUGCAAAUAGGUUUUUAAUUUAUUCAUAUUUUAUUACCAGUAGGAUCUUUUUAAUUAUUUUAAUAUUAUGAAUUGUAAAGCGCUUUGGUCAAUUAGUGGAGUUCGCGCUAUAUAAAUUAUGUUAAUUUAAUUUAAUUUAAAUGACAUUGGAGAGGGAAAGCUUUUUUCUCCCCUUCUUAGGAAGGCGGAAAAACGAGAGAAAGCCGGCCGGUCUCAACUGAAGUUGUCACCUAUUCCAGCUAGCUUAAGCUUUCUUCCUGGGUGAACAACUUUGCAUGUUGAUUGUUGUUGAUUUGGAUGUUGAUUAUUGUUACGUGAUCUAUUCUUUUUAGGGACGGGCCGUUAGAAAUAACCGGAGGUGGCAUGACAAUUCCCAAAAAACAAUUCCUGUAAGGGAAACUUGUCUAUAAAGAUCCUGCGAGCGGUGAUACGUAACAAAAAUAUAUAACCUGAGUUCAAAACUCUAAUCUUGGAUUCUCCCGAGGAAACGCACUCUCUUAAACUCCCUUGUGAAGGUAGCAUGAGGUUUUAUCAAAAGACGUCAGCUUCAAAAUUUCAUGUUUUUCACCUGCGACCUGAUCAUGAGUGGUUUUCAUGCGACAAACUGGCUAAGGCAAUGGGCCCGCAACGUUCCCUUCCCCCUCCCUCUCCCUAACCCCCCUCCCCCCCAGGGGAGUACAGCCCAAUCAACGUUAACGACGAAACCGAAACACCUAAGAGUUCCUAAGAACUCUUGCAGCUGUGAGUGUUUGGGCGUUCCAGGAUAGAAGAGAGGAGAAAACUGGAGUAUGUACCGAAAGAAAAAUCUGAAACCACAAAAAGCUACUAUAUAUGUAGUAGUAUCGCCACGAGAAUAACGAACUCGUGUCACUGGCAUUAUUUUUAUUGGCCUCUGGAUCGAGGUAUAAAAAGUACUAUCAUCACUGCGCCUGCCCUUGCUUUCCCGUAGCGUGUUUGUUUGCAAAGUGGCUAUUUUCCAUUGAACUAUUUGCAUUGUAUAAUCCGCAUUUUGUUUAAUAAUUUUAAUGACAGUAGCGAAACAUUUAUUAACUGGACUAGAAUAAUCGUUUUAGUUUUAGGUGACGCGACGCAAUAAAGUAAACUGCGAUUAAUUACACCUGAUCAUCUGCAAUAAUUUAUUGCGAUGUGCUGAAACGUCACAUCUUUUAUCCCUUUAAUAACACGAAAGCGAAGUUAACUUCAAUUUCUAUCUCCUAUAUAUAAGCAACUAAUCUAUAACUGAACAGCUGCUGAGUAAGAGAAAUGUAUAUAUAUCAUGCUGUUAGGUUUAAGAUAUGCUGUUUUCUACUAAUCAGUUCUUUAUUCCGCGCAAACAAAGACAAAGGUAGCCGCGGAGUAGAAUUACGAAAGCCAUUUUAAAGGUAUUUUAUAAAUAUUUUAUUCUUUGUAGCUGCUUAAAAUGAGAGAACAGUGAUGACUGCUUCAUUUUCUCUUUAAAUCUAUAUUUAUAUAUUUGUCUUUCAAAAAAGAUUAGAAAGAAACUGCUUAGGAAACGUUAACAUUACAAAGGGGUAUGUCUAGCAGCUUUUAGCGGAGGCUCAUCCUUCUUGAAUGGCCACAAAAUAUAUCCCACAAAAAUCAACCAGAGCCGAAAGGUCCGCAGCCAACAAGCAAUCGAAUCGGGAACAACUCCAAGUGCCAUGUAAAAAAAGCUGACGUAUCCUAAAUCCGCUGGAAAUUAGAGCCUUGCCUUAACAUAGCAUGCCAAAGAGAUGAACUCAAAGAAACUCGGUUUAUUUCGUUACGUUCUAAAUGGUUGACUUACGUAUUAGCAAAUGACUUAACGGGCCACUGAGUCUUCAGAGAAUAUUCAAAUGCACCAGGAUGUCGAAUUCUCGGCCUGUAAAAUUGAUCGAUCGACAUUUUGUUUAAUGAUUUCUGUGGCUCGCAAAACAUUAUAAAUAAAUUGUUAAUCGACACUGAGUUGCCAAAAGAGAGGAUAUAUUACAAACGCCCAGGAAAGUUUAUUCAUCUUAUGUGUUCACCGAACGCCGUUUUUAGAAAUGAUGAUUCAGAAAUAGCUGUUUGCAUAAAGAAGCAACUAUUACCUAGAACUUUCUAUUAGCUAGAAGGAGGCUAAAACUUUCUAGAUGACUGUUCCAUUCAUACACGGUUUUUCUGAAACUGAAUUUUUCACUUUUCACCUCCCAAGUUUAGCUUUUUUCAUAGCAAAAUGGAAAUCUAAAAUUUCCGGAUUUGAAUAUUGGUAGAAAUAUAGGAAUCGGAAAAAUUAUCACUUUCGGAAAACUUAAGAUUGCAUCUAAAAUUUUCUGGAAAAUAACAAUAAUGCCGUAAUAAUUCGAGAAGGCUCAAGCUCGAGCUCAAACUUACAGUGCUAACUCUUAGUUUUGACAGAAUAAGCUUUUUCAAACCUAACACGGCAGAAUCGCAUUUUGACUUCACUUUCGAUGGAGAGUCUUUGUAAUGUUCUAAGUGAGCCAACAAGAGCUUUCUCUUUCUAACACCAAACAGGAAGCCAAAGCUUCGCGCGAAGGCCGCAUAAAUCGAUGGAAAAAACUCGGUCUGUAAUUUACACCUGAUAUCACACCUCAAACCCGGCUAAUAUAAAGUAUGUAUGUAUCAUCAAAGUGUCUGUAAAUGAUCACCAGCAAAGGUUUCACUGCAAGGGGCUCAGUUAACAGGAAGGGAGGAGGAUCCUAACAACAGGAAGAUCCUAUAGAAGGCGGAUCAUCCUUUGCGCAGUUAGUGUUUUCACCUGUUCAGAGUUUACAUGCAAACGGUUGUAAAGUCCCUACUCAGCGCUAAGAUCCUUCUAUAACAGGAUUUUCCUAGCUGAGACUGGGUAGGGAGAUCCUAGCACAACAAAGAUCCUAGCUCCAUGAAAGCUGCUUCGGCUAGAAAGAUCCUGCUACAAGGGACAACCCCAAUACAAAAUGGCGGCAGUAGUGGUGUCCCAGCAGAAUUAUACCUGUUUAUGGGGCAGCAAGUGUGCAGCAAAAUUUAAUAAAUAGCUAGUGAAUAAAAUGCGCGGGAAACUUGUUUAAUUUAUGCUAACCAUAUUUAGGCAAGUACUAGUAAUGACGUCACAACACCAUAAGGUCCAUUUGACAGUUUAGCAAGCCCAUUAGAAACGACUAAUGGCUUCUAUUUGGCGCUAAAAAUCGGAUAUAUAUAUAUAUAUAAGAGGUUUGAACUUGAAAUCCGUAAAACAGUGCUCAAUACAUAAAGUAGAGCGAGUAUACACAACGUAUAUAUAUAUAUAUAUUCUCGGCUUGCACUGUCACGCAAUGAAAAAUAAAAAUGCAAACCAUUCAAUACAGAAGGACUAGAAUCUGGGAAAUGAAAAAAGAUAAAUAUACAAAAACCCUUGCCAAGAAUCAGGUCUGUGAAAUAUUUCAAACGCGAGAUAUUGGGAAAAACGGUUUAGCUAAAUUUAUAAAGCUUUGUAUGGAAACGCCAUGUUGGUGUCCCUUUCAGGAACACCAAUAUGGCCGCCAGAUACCAACAGAAACAUCUGUUUUCGAGUUUUCCUACUAAUGCGUGAAUUCUUCGCUUGAGGAACUCAUAAAGAUUACAGUAAUAUUUAUUCUGAGACAAGGAAUGUUUAGAUUGCAAAAUCUCCCAAAAUCCGUGAUGUUUUUAACCCACAUAAGAGCUUUCCCGGCCUCCAGCUAAAUGCCGCGUCACGCAAAAGCCUGGAAAUUCAAGCGUCCUCUCUCGCAAAACGAAGAACCCUUUCGAACCAAAAAUUUGUUUAUGUAAAGAUGUUUAGGUACUGUAAUACCUCGUGAAAGUAGAAACUCAGAAGAAUCGAUAGUUUCUUAGUUUGAUUUUUGGUGACGUCACGUGCAACCCAAGAAUAUAUAUACAAAACACACACAUACACAAAGAGGAGUUGAAAACUCUUUAUCUCAAUUUUGUCUGACUAUUACAAAACCGUUUUAUCCUUUCUAUCUAAACGAAUUCACGACUAACUAUUGAAGUCUUAACGUUUCACGCGUCGCGCCGUUAAUCAGUUACUUAUGCGAGCUAACAAGCCGACAUUUGCAUACAAAGUAGUUCAGCUCAGUAAUAACCCCAAUUUGAGAACCUUGACGUAUUAUUAUAAAAACACAAAAACACACUUAACAACUUAACAAAGAUCAAUUGAAACAGGCAGCUAAUCAAUAAACACUCCCAAUAAAACUAGACACGUUUCUUAAGACACAAGAGAUCAACUUUAUGACCCUUUACUAAAAUGAUUGCAAAAAAAGAUUAAAUAUUCUAUUUGAAUAGUCAAAGAAGGCAAGCUAUUUUUUGUUUUACACUGCGCACAAUGUUUUACUUACCCGUCUCCCUUUCAUUUGCCAGAGAAAUAUGCACGAGUCCAUAUGGACCAAAAACGACCAAAGCGGACGUCAAAGAGUUAUUAUUAGUUUUGGCUUUCUCGUAAUUUUAUUUUUAAUGUUAUUUUCUCUGAAAAGAAAACUAUUUAUUAUAUACAUACUGAGAAAUACUCACCAAAAAGCUAUGUCGUAAAUUUUCGUACGCAAAUUAGUUCUAGCCAAUCAGCGGAGCGAACGAUGGUUUUCACACGUGAAAAAAACGAUACGUCCAAUCAGAAUCGCGAACGAUGUUUUUUCACGUGUGAGAAAAAUGAUACGUCCAAUCAGAAGCCACAGAGGUGUGCGAGUUUCGCGCCAAAAUUCCCGCCUUUUAUUGCAGCUUGCAGCGCCGCUUCGCACACAUUUAUCAACGAGAAAAGUUUUCUCAAGGAGUUUUUCUCGCUAAAAAAGUGAAAAACAUUUCGGAAAUGGAGUGGAAUAGUUUCGUUUGUUUCACUGUCGAUAAAAAAAUACGGUAGAGAGCCGGCGAAACGACAGCGGAAAGGGAUAAACAGAACGAGACGUAAGCUUUUGUUGUGCUUUUUGUCGGAGCUACUUUGCCUUUCAUUUAAGCUUAAGCUUAUAUUGAAACCGGCCAUUUUACUUAAAUUCACUCAUUUUCAAUUGUGCAUUGAGAACAAACAGUUAAGAUUACUUAUAGUUCUUGGAUUAAACCUCAUAUCCUCACCGUCAUUUAUGUUUUUAACAAACGUUUUUACUAAAAAGCUGAUACUUCGUUUUCGUUGUCAUUUUGCGGUAAGUGUGUAGCGGCAAAUUUUAGCAUUUUUGAAAGAUUUAAAAUAAAAAGGCCUGCAAAAUGAUGAAUGUCUCAGUAUGUAUAUAAUAAACACAAUACCACAUGGAAAGUGCUUUGUACGGUAUUUACGCACUCGUUGUUUUUGUAUCAGAAAUCUUACUCGUUCGCUGCGCUCACUCGUUCGAUUUCUGAUACGUCAACAACUCGUGCGUAAAUACCGUACGCCAGCACUUUCCAUGAAGUAUUCUCUAUAUCUUCCGGGAAAAUGUCAACAAUUAAUUACUUUUUUUUGCUACAACGGCUCGGAUAAAUGCUAGCACAAUAGUAAACGUACAAAAGCCUAUUCAAGAGCUCAGAUUAAACACAAGCAACCCAAUGCUCUCCUUCAGAGGUCUAAGUUUGGAAGAGCGACACCAGUAUUGACUUACCUUAAGCAUAUGCUUAUCCCGAUGAAGAAUCACUUUUUGUAUGAUUUAAUAGGCUGAUUUAGCAACAGAACGGGAACAUCAUUUGACCACGGGAAAGCACGCGGAAAGGUCUAAACUCGGCUUCCGGUGCCCAAUUUGCUGCUCUGCCAUUGGUCAAGCCAGUUUGUUGAUAUGCGCGCGCAGUCGUCAACUAACGUUUCGGUUCUGUUGCUAAAUCAGCCUAAUGUAAACGGUAAGUUCCUUAAGUUUUAUUGUUAAAAAGUAGAGAUGGCUAUUAAAAGGAAAUAUUUUUCAAGGAUAUCCCGAUGGAGGAAGCAACGUCAAAGUUAACUUGGAGGUUCAAAGCUCAUGAAAGGAGAAAUUAUUCCUCAUUGUCUUGAGCUGAUAAAAUACAUAAAAAAUAUAGCAAGAUGUUUAGGUAGAAAAAGGUUGUUGUCCUUGGUUUUUACCAAACUAAUUUUCAAACUUAGUUUGAAUCGUUGUUAAAUUGGUUCCAUCUCAAAAGGAAAAAAAGUUUCAUCAACACGAACAAAAUUUGAAUGUCGAACUACAUUUGUAAAUAAUUAUAACGACAUUUUUAAGGAAAAUGUAUGUUAUCUUUUGUCCUUGAAUGCAGCCCAAUUUUAAUACUUUUUGUAUUUUUGGGCGCAUCUUAAAGCCUUUAUAAAGGUGCUCAAAGAAUCCGGCGAUCUGCAACAGUCAGUUAACCACAACGAAUAUGACAUUUUUUUUUAUGUUGUUUCACUGUGAUAAAACGAACAUGAAAAAGAGCAUUUGCUGAGUUUUCAAUCCAUUUCGCUCUGUCCAAGUCUCUUAAUGUUUAAAAUAUUUUUUUUUUUCUGGUUUCUCUUUUUCCCUCUCGUUAGCCUCAACUAGAAAAUAAGGUAAAACUGCCAAUUAAUGAAGUCUAUAUUUCUCACAAAAGAUAUUGUAGCACACCCGUUUCAAAAAAAGACAUUUCCUUGCAUAACCAAAGAGAUCAUCUUUACAUAUCUGUUUCUUAGGUAUCUAAAGAGUGAUUAGCAUUUUUAGUGAUGAUGGUUUUCUUGUGUCUUGCAGUUGAACGAGUUUGGUGUGAUUAAAAUGGUGGUCCGCAGAGCAGUUUUUAUUCAAUCAUUGAUUGUGGUGGUCUACGUUCUUUUUAACAAGCAAGCCGGUAACGUUGUGGUUUUAAACUGAUAAUAUAUUUUUACACUUGGCUUGCAUUCCUUUAACUUUCGAAAACGUCCGUUAAAUGAAAUCAACAAAACCAGACAAUAAUAAUUUAGUAACAAUUUAGCCUUAAAUAAGAUGAUUCUCCCGGGAAAAAAAUCCGGAUCCAAGAUGGCGUACAAUAGACCAUCUCCUGUUGUCAACUUUGUACUUUUAUUGUUUUCAGUACCAAAUGUGAGACUGAAGUUGAACGUUCCGUUUGAUGAAAACUUCGUUAGUUAACUUUUUUUGUGGAAAUAAUGGUGAAAAAUGUUAGUUAGCAACAAUUAAAAAAAAUGAUCACAUAAUAAAGUAAAAAGGGUUGUAUCAAAACAAGGUAUAACUCCGGCCUCCAAUCCUAAAAACGUAAAAUGGGCAAUUUCGUAGCGUAAAGCACUUAGCAUAAACUUUCCCACACGUUCUACAAAAUCAACGCUUUAAGUGUUAGCUAUCUUACACUAUUCUAUAGAGUUGGGGGCAAGAUGAAAAAAUCCAUCUUCCAUAUAUGUCAAAAGUUCGGUAUGAGAAGGAUGAAAGUUUGUUACUGACAGUAACAUUUUUUAUUAAUUUAAAUUCCUUGGCAAAUCGUAAUUCUAGUCCGUCUCCACACCUUAUACUAUUUCGGUAUAUAAGAUUUCCUUUAAUCAUAAUUUCCUUUUCAGUUUGCACUCGGGCCAGUUCCUCUAAUUAUUCACCUAAUAAUACACCAACAUGUGAACAGAAAGUACGUAUACCAUGGAAACCUGGCACACCACCCUACCUGACAACAAGACGUUGCUUGAAUGAAUGCGGGACCUGCUACACAAAGCACGAAAAAAAUUUCGACCAGGCGUGCAAAUAUCAGAAGAAAUGCUGUGCGUUCAAUUUCACCAAGUGUCCAAUACCAACAGGUCCAUCUAUUUGGCAGUAACUACGAUGUAAUCACGAAGAACUUAAGUGCCAAAUGUAUUUGAAAAUUCUAGCAAUAAACAAUGUGCAUCACUUUCGAAAAAAAUGUGCCAAAAUUUAUUGAACUUAUGAAGUCCUUGAAUCCAGCAAAUGGGUGGUUACUGUACAGUAAAACACAGGGCUCUGCUUGAUCCAAGUAUUAAACAAUAAACAAUUAAUUGGCCACUACAGACAAUACCAUAACAUACCAUAAUGCUCUUUGUCUGUCACCCCAUUUAACUCCCAAGAGAAACUGAAGACAAUUCUUAAAUAUUUAAAAUUUUGGGAUGACAAACAAAGAGCAUUAUGGUAUGUUAUGGUAUUUUCUCAGUGUACUGGCCAAUUGUUCUGCUCAAUAUUGGUACUCAAAAACGUCUUUGCUUAUAGCUCCCUAACCCGAGUGUGGCUAUUGCUUUCAGACAGUGAACAAUUAGCUAUUAACUGAAUGAAUUAACUGCAGUUUUGAAUUAAGCGCAGGGACUUCAUCGCACCGCUUCAUGCUGCUUAGUCUUUACUCCCUCCGAAGAUGUUUAAAUGGAGGUUUGAAUUCGUUAAGUGUUAUUAUAAUAUUAAUCGAAAACCAAAUAAUCCAUCGCUUCUCAUACCUUUAUUAAAGCAGUUCUUUCUGGCUAAACGAGUUGUUCAUUUUUGCAGUUCUUCGCGCGUUGCAUAACUUUCAAUGAUAAUGCCUCUGACAACAGUGUUGUAAAUAUGACAGCCCUGCACUUCUGCAGUUGAAUUAGCAAUAGUCUGAGGGGCUCUGGUUAGCAUCAAUGCUAGUUUUUGAGUGUGUCUACCGAAGUCGCUUUAGCUAGUGCGACAGGUUAGAACUGAAAAUGAAUUGGAUUUAAAGUUCUCGCGUAAUUAGGAAAAGAGAGGACUACACUUGUACUGUCGCAAUUUGUAAUAAUCAUUGCACUUUGUAAUACCUGUCGCAAUUUGUAAUAAAUCCAUCGCACUUUGUAAUACCCGUCGCAAUUUGUAAUAAAACGUGUACUUUGUAAUAAAAAAGCUGUCGCAAUUUGUAACAACUGUCCAUCGCACUUUGUAAUAAACUAAGCUGUCGCAAUUUGUAAUAAUUCCAUCGCACUUUGUAAUAAUUUUUUGAUAGUGACUCAACUUACUUCGUCAACAUUAAUAUAAUGCCAAAAUAUGCAUGGUACUUCAUAAACAAAGAUGAUGACGUCUGCUAUAAUGCACGUAACAUCUCCGUGACAUUUCGUGUAGUCAAACAUGGAUGUCUUCCACUAUAAAUUUUUCUGCCUUGAUUAAUCACGUGACCAACUAGAAUCGCUUUUAUGAAAGACAUGGAACUUCCUGUGACAAAUCACCAACAGGAUAUGAAUCAUGUUUAAAUUCAAAAAUAUUCAAAUAACCAAAGCGACAUUUAGCAACAGAAAAUUCAUGAAUAAUCUGGCAUUCGUCGUCCAAAUCCAUGUUUGCUUGCCACGUGAUACGUGACGUCUUCGGGGGAGGAUAAUCCCAUAUAUGGAUGGGUUAGCUAGGUAAGUACCGCCUGAUAGUGUAUGGUUUUUGAGGAUCUCGAUCCUUUAAUAGAGUAUCAUUAGUUACCUUGUUGGCCUUGUGUCUUUGGUUUGAUAUCCUUAGAUAAGGUAACUCAAAUAUUAAUGGAUUGUUUAUUCCAUCCUUUCCAUUUUGUGGAAGAAAAAGUAAUCCUUAACACGCACGGAAGAACUGCAAGUCCUUACAAGUUGUAUAUACGCGGGGAAGAAGAAUUUUUGACUAUCCCCACGGUAUUUGCUUUAGAGGGCGCCAUAUAGAAAAAAUUGUUUUAAGAUGGAAUCCUUUUGUUCCUAUAUGGGACCAAAUCAAGAGAGAAUAAUGGACCAAAUGGCCAGCCGGCUCAGUGUUAGACCCCAAGUGAGUUUUAUAAAAACGGGUGCAUACGAAGGUAUUGGCCAGCGACUAAUUGGAUUUUUUGUUUAUGUUUCUGUUGUGGUUCGACGGUUUGCCACUGGUGACGUUUUUGUUUAUUCACAGUAAACAAUUCAAUCUUUCCAGGCCUUGCUUGAUUAAGUUGGCCAAAAUAUGGAAGCUAAGCCACCAUUAUUUCUUUAAGAUUGCACGUUAGACAAGGAAGGUGUUGUGUCGACAUGUUAUAAGAUCUAAAAAGGAAAGCUUGAACUUUCCUGGUGUCCUUAUUCGAAUGAUGUAGGAUGGGUGUUACGAUUUGCGGAAAUUAAAUGCUUUUUAAUAAUGGCUCGUUUGUGUCUAGUGUGUCUAGCUCUGUUUAGAUCCUGUACUCUGGCAAUGCUCUGUCCAGAGGCACAUCCCCUUAUGGUUCAUGUAAGGUCGAAGUACUCCCGCCGGGUAACCAUUGCAUGCAAACCACCUAGUACAAUAGCAAGGUUUAAGGAUACAGCAUUUCGUAAGUCAGAUAACUAAUCAACAUUAAUUUUAUACUAGUAAUAGUUGACACUGCAGCUGCCCCCGUUCUUUAAAUUGUCGGUCAAUAGUAUUCUUGCUGGUUGUGUAGCUCUUUGAAAUAUACCGAUUCAUAAUGAAGAUUUUCACACACAUUCCAUACAAUAGGUGAGAUAAAUACAGGAAACGCAAAGUUCCAUGCACAGUUUCCGCUCGAUUUACACAGCUUUGAUCAAAACAUUCUCAGUUUCGAGAAUAGUUUAUUCUAAACCAUAAGAAAAGAUUUAAUUAGAAGUUGAAUACUUCGCUAUUUCUCUUUCACUUUUUACAUUCAGUUCAUUUUAUUUGCCGGAAAGGAAGCCUUAGAAAUUAAAAGAACGUUUGAUCGAUUCACGCUAGCGCAUUCUAGUCUUAUUUGAAACUUAACAACGGAAGAACAUCUAUGAGCAGGGAAUAAGUCAGCGCAGAAUUUGAUGGUCGGCGAAUUUCUGUAAAUGUCCAUCAAUCUGCUAGUGAUAAGCUAGCCGUUGUUCGCUUGUCUUGCUUGUUUGGGGCUGAGUCUUAUUCCGGUCAAAGAGAGAGAAAGAGUGUCUGGCAAGGUUUCCAAUAUAAAUCAAAGAUUUGUGAACUCGUGUCUGGCAAACUCUCCAAGUGUUUAUAUAUACACAGUUAAACGCACCUUAUAACCUCCCCUGCGCUUAACGAGUGUCUUUUGGUCCAUAACUUUCAAAACAACUGCUCCACAGAAUGUCACUGCGUAACGCAAAAGAGUAUCGAAGUAUGACUGCACAAUAAAUGUCACAAAAUCUACCUGAGCGGUCCCUUCGGGAUUUUCUGUCUUUACGUCAUCCUAACCAUUUCGUACUUGCGGGCGCAAACAAUAGAAACGUCAUCAUUACCUACCGAUUCCUCGCGGCCCCAGUUCGAGCAAAUCGAGACUUUUUCCAGUAUACUGACUGUAUAUUUGAACUGUAAGUACUGUCCUUAAUAUACGCGCGAGUUACUAGGGUGCCUCCUCGUGAUUUCGCCUCUAGGCGAAAUCCCUGCGGGGGCAAAAAAUGUUUAGGACUGUGAAUAAAGUUUAAUGGUUUGAACGAACGGAGAUUUUACGUGCUAGCAUACGUCAUCAUCAUUGUUAAUGUAGUACCAUGCAUAUUUUGUCAUUAUAUUAAUGUUGACGAAGUACGUUGAAUCACUGUUAAAAAAAUUAUUACAAAGUGCGAUGGAAUUAUUAAAAAUUGCGACAGCUUAGUUUAUUACAAAGUGCGAUGGACUGUUAUUACAAAUUGCGACAGCUUUUUUAUUACAAAGUGCGACACGGUUUAUUACAAUUUGCGACAGGUAUUACAAAGUGCGAUGGAUUUAUUACAAAUUUCGACAGGUAUUACAAAGUGCGAUGAUUAUUACAAAUUGCGACAGUACAAGACUGUGGAAGUUUACUUUUAUCUCGAUGAACCCCUUUAAGCCCCGAUAACAACAUACAAAUUCUGAAAGCUGAUCUCCAUGCAUUUCCUUCAAGAAUUAGUAGAGAGAAUUUGAUAGAGGAAGCUUUGGUGACUAUGUUUUAUUUAUUCUCACAAUUCUAUUUCUUGAUGAUGAGCUGUUGAUGUCUGGAGAAAAUCAAUGUUGGUCCAGUAUUGGGACUUUAAGGGUUAAGAGAUUUCAACAAUAGGGAGCUUAAGCAACGGCGUUUUUGAGCGACGCACGUCAACCGGAAGUGAGGUCUUUUUCAUUUUAAAGCACCUUGACGCUCCCAAAUUUGUAUUUCUAAGUGUCUUAACUAUUAUAGAGACAAGUUGUCCUAAAAAAUGGGCAAAACCACUGUCCAAAAAUGAAAAAAAACCACUUCCGGUUGACGUGCGUCGCUCAAAAACGUCUUUGCUUAAGUUCACUAUUCUUCCAUCGCCUAAACGCCUAAGUGUGCCCGCUCAAGUGUGCAAAAAGUCCACUUCGGUUGACUUAUGCACCUAUCAAUGUAAAUCCCGUGGGGGAGGAGUGCGGGCAAGGGGCGGGGAUUUGAUGCCUGAGACUAUCCCCUAUGUCGGGCUUUUGAUCGUGCGAAGCGCCCCCGGGGUCGGGACAUUUGACUUUGACCGACAGAACCCUGGUAUCAAUUCAGAGGCGGUUACCAAGUAUGUCCCUCGAGACUUUCUGACAGUCACGCUGUUGGAGAAAGGUAUGAAGUUUUCAUUUGUUUUAAUCGCCAUAAUACGAUACUUUAAACUGUCAUCUAAACAGAUAAUGUCUAUUUUGAGAAAGUUUUUAUCUUCAAGUUCCCAUCUGAUUGUAAAACUCGAUUGAAAUUGAAUUCCACCAUGAAAGUCAGAGGAUUUUUUACGGGUCACUGAUCCGACCUGUUCCGACACUUUGAGCAGAUAUGUUAUAAAGCAUUUUACGUUUCAUUAAUAUUAUAAUAGCCGCGGUCAAUCUUCCUGAAGUGAUUUUGUUGUUCAAAAUAAAGAUGCUAGUGGAGAGAGAAAAUACUUAAUUACAGCGAAUAACUUAACGGAGCUUACGUUAACCUUAAAUAAAAGUAGUAAGAACGAACUUUUGAAAUGUUCUUUUAUUCGUUUUAUAUAGUAUUAUAGUACUGUUUGUUUAGAUUUUUUCUCCUGGGGUGGGGGCUUUUUUAACACUUUUGAUUGACCUUUUGUUUCCCACCCUGGGGAAUUUGAUCAAAAGUUUUAAAAUUUGUCAAAUCCCCACCCCUUUAUUAGUUAUUUGACGUUCGCGGUCGUGCCCAUUUUCAGCACUUCAUUCUUGUAAAUGAAAGAGGCCUUAUGACAAACUAAUUCACCAUUUAAACGCCUUGACACCAUUCUUCUAACGACGUCAUAUAUUGUAGCAAAAAGCAAUCGAUUAUCACCAAAAUUUUGUAAGGAAUAAGCCGGCGAACAGCUAUUCAAUUCACAAGUGAAAGCAAAACGUUCUUCUUAACAAAUCCGACAAAAAAUACACCAAAAUCAAAUGUAUACUUUUGAGCCCGUGUAACAUUUAAUAGUCUAUCUCAGGCUGCAAAAAGUCUGAAAAAAAAAUAGAACAAUGCUUCGUUUGGGACUAAGAAGAAAACAUCAGAAAUUUCCAAACGGUGAUUUCAUUAAUGUUUCGUCGCAAUAUUACUUUGGGCAUAGUUAUUAGAGGAGACUGAUUAUGAAAAGCGGCAAACAUCAAUGAUAAAAACAACAGUGCUGCAGUUUAUGUUCAAAGCACCGUGAAAGUGCACAAUCCUUUGUUUUCCGUUAGCAAAUUGUUACGGAAUAAAUUAAUGCAACGUUUUUAUUGGUAAAUACAAUCAAAAUGAUAGGAAUUCUUUUGAACGUUGUGCACUUUCAGGUCCCCAAAAACAUAUAACAAAGGAGUCUGACGGGUUUCAUAACCAUUCCACUCAAUUAACUAUGCUUUGGGUCAUCAGUUUUGAUCAUGAAAACUAUCAAGAAAAGUAAUUUGCCAGGGGCGGGCAGAAUUCAUGGGCGAACUCGCUCACAUGGCAUUAAAAACUGAAGGCUUUACUUACCAACAGCUGACAGCUGGUCAAAGGAACGACGUGAACAAUUUUUUUUUUCGGCAAUUGAAGAAAAGAUAUAUCAUGAUGGUUCUGAAUCGAAAGUCCAAAGCGCUGGUGUAAAAUGCUUUAUUUCAUUACCACAGAACUAUCCCCUGGGGCUUGUUAUUUCGGAAGUGUAAGAUCGUCGUAUAAUAUCAUGUAUUUUUUAUUUUUCACUGGGCUCAUUUGUUCGAAGGCCGAUAAGAGCUAACAUGUGGUUAAGUUUUAAUUCCGCUAUCUUUUCCUUUUGCUCAAAAACAUUUUCUUGGAUAACGUACUCAUUCUUUUUAGAGCCGAUUUAGAACAUCCAAUCAACAAAUUAAGCUUCCUCAGUUAACUGAAUCUAAUUUUCACACUUACCCUGGGUUAUCUAAACCCAGUUUCGAACAACACUGCCCGGCAAGAGAUUCAAAACCACUUCUCAAAAAUCUCCAUCCCCCCCAGAAACGGAAUCAGCUUUUGGGGGUAAUUCUGUAAUUUUAACAAUGAAGAUGAACGCGAAAAAACGUCCUGCAUGCAAAUCCUGUUGAUUUUUUGUCUUUGUUAUAAAGUGAAGCCUUAAAACCCGCUUUUAUCUUUAAGUAAAUGUUUAAAGUUCAGUAUCUUCACUUUUCCUUUUUUUGGCUUCGUUUACACAGCAGACAAAAGAAUUACGCAAGAAAAUGCCUGAGUCAUCACUACUCCAGCAUUAAAGGUUUGCCAACUUUUAAUCGCGAUCUUUCAUUUAAACACACACAGCUUCUGUAGUCAGCAUUUCCUGUCAAAUUAACGUCAAUUGCCAGACUUGUACUAACCAUUUUAAGCCCAUUCUGAAGAUUGCAAACGAACAGUUGAUGAAAAACUGACUCCGGUACGAAUCACUGAAUUUAUUACAGAUAAUGAACUCCACAAGUUCUUCGCAAACUCGAGACCAAAGCAACUCACCCAGAUGUAUCUUCGUUCGCAUAUUAACGUCACUUGCCAGACUUUUACUAGCCAUUUAAGCCCAUUCUACGUGAAGAUUGAAACCUAACAGUGGAUGAAAGACUGAUUCCGGGGUAGGAAUCGCUGACUUGAAAACAGAUGACGAACUCCUCAACUACUUCGCAAACUCAAGAAGACUUAAAGCAAAUUAUCCAGAUAUAUCUUGGUUCGCACAUCGCAUCAGGAGUUUUUCUUGUUGUAGCAACUUUAGUAACAGCCCUGGGGAAUGGCCUUCUACUGCUCGCGAUUUGGAAGGAUCCGUUUAAAACUUUCCGUACACCAAAUACGUUUUUUGUGAUUGGCCUAGCCGUCGCUGACUUUCUCACAGGUAUUACGACAUGUCCGUUGACCGCUUUUGAGGACAUUGGUCUUUACAUUAGUGUAAAAAGGCGAGAUUCAUCGAUUAUUCCAUCACUUCAAAAAGCAGGGCAUUUUGCUCAUCUCAUUUCCGCAGCCACAAUGAACAGCUCUUACAUAAUUCUGCUGUUGUUUACUUGGAGUCAAUUUACAGCGAUAAACUUCCCCUUCAAGCACAAAGUGCUUGUUACGAAGAGUCGAGUUAUAGCAAGCGUGAUCUUAACUUUUACACGGUAA